AUGAAAGUCGUCAUCGCAGGUUCAACAGGAUUCGUCGGCCAAGAAGUCGUUCGACAAGCUCUUUACCAUCCUCUAAUCACAAAAGUCGUCACUCUCUCAAGGCGCGACCACGAGCUCUCAGAAGAUCUACGAAGACCAGAAUUUGAAGAGAAAUUUACGUCUGUCAGCUGUUCCGACUUUAAGAGCUAUCCCCAAUACGUCAAGGAUGAGAUCUCUGGCGCAGACGCUUGCAUAUGGCUUAUUGGAGUAACACCGGCCAAAUUGAAGCAGUAUACUUGGGAACAAGUUCGAAUGAUCUGCUACGAAUACGCACUCUAUGCAGCCGAUACUUUUGCUAAGCUCCCUCGCGAGGGAAAACCAGAACCUUUGAGGUUUAUCUACGUGAGCGGCUCCAACGCUGAGCGAGACCCAGCAAAGAAACCGUGGAUUCUUGGAGAUUAUUGUCUACUACGGGGCCAAGUAGAAAAGCAAAUUCUCGAGCGCGCGCAUCUAUCAGAUGGAAGAAUGCAGGUCCUCGUCACAAAAUCUGGAAUGAUUACAGACCCAGACAUGGGAUUUGUGAAGCAGGCUUUUCGCUUCUUCUCGCAUGCCAUCGUCAGUGUUCCUAGUAUUGGAAGGGCUGAGAUGACGGCUGCAUUGUUGAAUCAAGCUGUCAAUGGCCUCACCAAGGAGACUUUGUUGAACGCAGACAUGGCUGAGAUUGGAAAGAAGGAAUUGAUUAAGAUGGAGAAGAACCAUAAUUGA